AUGUCGGGUUCAAGUAUACCGCUACUCAAAAUCACAGUAGAGUUGGGAGGGGGAACAGAAUUACUAACAGCAAAUAAGAAACUAAAGAAGCACAUCCUGCAAGUACCAGCAGAAGUAUUCCCUAAUGAACUAUCUCGAGAUUCGGAUAAAGCAGCAGGAAUAUCUGAUGGCUCAAAUGUUGUGACAAAUGGAACACAAUCACGUCAUCCAGCAACAAUGUCUGAUUUGAUCCAAUUGGUUUGUCGUGAUGUGAUUGUCGAACGACAUGGAAUGCUUGUCGAAUCGGAUGGAUCGAUGAAGCCGGGCAUUCUUGUUUUGAUCAAUGAUGCAGAUUGGGAAUUAGAGGGAGAGAUGGAGUACGAAUUGCAAGAUGGCGAUCAGAUUUGUCUAAUAUCUACACUGCAUGGUGGAUAA